UAUAAGACUAUAAGUGGAUAUUGUGUCAGAAAUAAUGAUCAGAACUGAAGUUUCCUUUUGUCCUUCUGAGCAAGAAGGACCCUCUGUGUCAGAAUAAAUCUUUAUCUCCAAAAGGAAGCCCGUUGUACUAACAUAUAUAUAUAUAUAUAUAUAUAUAUAUAUAUAUAUAUAUAUAUAAUCACAAUCAGCUAGCUACAUACAUAUAUACCCAUCUCCAAAACCCUAAUUUUUCUUUCAAUCUCCCUCUAUCUCAUUUUUGGUUUCUAUGACUCCUUAUAGCUUAACCUUAAAACCUAGUUCUAAUGGUUCUUCCAUUAGAACUAGGUUUGCUUAUAGGUUUCUUAGAGGCUUGAAGAGAUUGAACAAGGACAAACCCAUAAAUAGUAACACAUCUUCUUCUGCUAUGGAGAUAUAUAAUCGUUAUCGUCUGAUUAAGUUUGCUGCUAAUGCAUCCAUGGCUUCAACGGUCGGGUCAAGGCGGGUAUGGAGUCGGGCCGUACUUAGGAGAAUCCGAUUCCGCGUUUCUGUGAGAGGAAGAAGGAGGUCUGGGGCCUUAUUAAGGAGAAGAGAGAGACUUGGGCGGGCCAACAAGCUCCGGAAGCUCGUGCCCGGAGGAGAAGCCAUGGAUAUGCAAAGCUUGUUGGCAGAGACUGCACACUACAUAAAGUGCCUCACCACCCAGGGCUCGUCUUGCUGUUGUUGAAGGCAGCCCCUCUCAUACUUUUUUGAGUCUGUCUCUGGACGUUCUUUACAAGUUCUUACACACUCCUGCUUCAAAGAAGUAGAGAGAUUGUUUUCUGAAUGCAUAUACCUCAAAAGUGCUAUACAUUGACAAGUAUAUAUAGCUGCAAAAUAUACAAAAGAACUCUUGAUCAAAGACACAGAGUAGUAUGUAGCAAGAGUGAAAGCGGAUGUGAGAGCAGGAGCGUGAAAGCGGCAACAUCUAAAAUUUGAUCUAAACGGGAGCGCCUCAAGAGCGCUUGUACACAUGUAUGCUAUUAUAUGUGUAAAAUGUUUUCAAUAUUUGUACAUAUAGUAAAAAACGAUUAUAUAAAAUGUGAAAUAAUAAAUGUGAUUUCAUGUGACAAAUC